CACCAUCGUGCAAAGCACGAUGAUGGCCUCGAGCCAACUACCCUGAGAAUUACGUACCACCCCGAAAGGGUGAACCUCAAGCUGCCGCGGCCGGUCGUCUAAGUACCCACCAAAACAUGAUGGCGCGCCAUCUUCGUCAUCUCCUCCCGCUUCUGUGCCUCGCCGCCGUCGUCACCGCCGGGCAUGGCUCGUUCGACCUCCUCGCCGACCUUAACCACCCCUACGCUGGCAGCUCGUUCUCCAGGCACGAGGUCUUCCGCCGCGCCGCCCGCGCGAGCAAGGACCGGGCGGCGAUGCUUACUGCCAGGCUCGCGCACGUCCUCGGCAAAGGCGGAGAUAUCUCGGCGGCAGACGUGCUCCUCGCCCCGCUCAGCGACCAGGGCCACUCGCUGACCGUGGGCAUCGGCACGCCGCCGCAGCCGCACACGCUCAUCCUCGACACGGGCAGCGACCUCAUCUGGACGCAGUGCAAGCUGUUCCGCCACACGGUGAGGCAGCGCGAGCCGCUCUACGACCCCGGGAAGUCCUCCUCCUUCGACAUCCUCCCCUGCAGCAGCAGGCUGUGCCAGCAGGGCCAGUUCAGCUUCAAGAACUGCAGCAAGAACAGGUGCCUGUACGACGACGUGUACGGCAGCGCGGAGGCGGACGGCUUCCUCGCCUCCGAGACCUUCACCUUCGGCGUACACAGCAAGGUCUCCCUAUCCCUCGGCUUCGGCUGCGGUGCGCUCUCCGCCGGGAGCCUCGUCGGCGCCUCCGGCAUCAUGGGCCUCAGUCCAGGGACGUUGUCCCUUAUAUCACAGCUUUCCAUACCAAGGUUCUCCUACUGCCUCACGCCUUUCGACGAGCGGAAGACCAGCCGGCUGCUAUUCGGUGCAAUGGCCGACCUGCAGAAGUACAAGACGACGGGGCCAAUCCAAACCACCUCCAUACUAAGGAACCCAGUGGAAACCGCCUACUACUACGUGCCACUGGUAGGGCUCUCGCUUGGGACCAAGCGGCUAGAGGUGCCAGCUUCCAGUCUCGCGAUAAAUCCGGACGGCAGCGGCGGCACGAUCGUCGACUCUGGCAGCACAAUAGCGUCCCUCGUGGAGACGGCGUUCAAGGCCGUGAAGAAGGCCGUGCUGGAGACGGUGAAGCUCCCGGUGGUCAACGGGACCGUCGAGGACUACGAGCUGUGCUUCGCGCUGCCGCGUGGUGUGGCGAUGGACGCGGUGAAGAUGCCGCCGCUCCUGCUGCACUUCGACGGUGGCGCGGAGAUGGUUCUGCCGCGGGAUAACUACUUCCAGGAGCCGAGAGCCGGGCUGAUGUGUCUGGCGGUGGCCAAGGCGCCGAACGGCUUCGGCGUGUCCAUCAUCGGCAACGUCCAGCAGCAGAACAUGCACGUGCUGUUUGAUGUGCGCAACCAGAAAUUCUCCUUCGCGCCAACGCAAUGUGACAUGAUCUGAGCAAUACGAUUGCAAACAUAAUUGCAAUCUAUAAUUUACCGAUUAAUUCCUUUUUCCAAAUUUGAAUGGCGGCAGCCAAUCUUGAUAUCGACAAACAAUGAAUAAAGGAUAAGCUUGCCCCAUUGCCAUAUGUAUUCAUCAUUUUCUUUCUCCCGACACAAAGGUAUAUUUGGGUUUAACA